GAUUUUUAGUCAGUAAUCGGUGCUAAAUAUCGAGUCAUUGUGUAUACGUCUAUUUCUAUAUCGAGUAAAAAAAAUCACCCGCGCGGUUUAAAAGAAGAGGAAAAUAGGGGCGAAAUGCCGCAGGAAAUAAGAGUUGUACAAUGCUUUGAAUGCAAAAUCUACCAGGCAAACGAAGUUUGAUCAUUUCAUACAGUUCGUACACGAAAAGACAGCGCCUGUGUGGGCACCGGGGACUUGUAGGACACAGUGGAUGAAGCGAAAGACAUGCCAAAACAAAGCACUGCGGAAAGCCACCGGAUGCCUUCUGAUGUCGACACAACAUCAUCCACACGACGAGGCCCAAAUGUUUCCCAUUAGGGAGCAUAAGACAAUGCUCUGCAAGCAGUUCCUAGUAGCGUGUCACCGACGUGGGCACCCGAACAGACACUUACUUGCUGCGGAAACCUCGCCAAGGCACGUCAGAAGGCAUACGUACAUGCGAACUGUCGAAGGACGAAAUCCAGAGGUUCAUAAAACAACCUCUGGAGCCGAAAGCAUCCUGACAGGCCAUAAACAGCAUUCGCAUGGAAUCAGUACUGACCCCCGCUGAUUUCCGACCUGUGAAUGCCGUUUUGGCAACACAAUCACCAGACGUGGACAAGACAGGGCUUCGCCUGCCACGGGAAACUCGGGCCACAACACAAAAACGUCGACUUGGUAAAAAAGGCAAAAAAAUGGACGUGCAAAGUCUGUAAUGCCAAGCAGAGUUUACAGCAUGAGCUAUUCCGCGGAAGUGGGCCAGAAUGUCGUGCGCGCGUGCAGGAGCUAAAUAAGCAACGUGAGAUGAAUGCACUCAAUAAUGAUAAAUUUGCGUUAGAAGUCAUGGAAAAUCUUGAUGUAGCGAUGUCUUUAGAGCAGCAACCAAAGUCAAGCAAACUUGAAAGCAAUACCCUUGUCAGUAAAUGGUCGAAUUUCGUUGACGAAAGGAGUGAAAAAUCAGCCACUCUGAUAAGUAGCGAUAAACAUAAACAAGAAAUGGAUAACCUAUUUUGCUUUCAAAACACCCAAAAGUGGGCAGCGUCGAAAUCUGACCCAUCAACAAGAAACACAAUGCGUUCCUCACUAGAAAAUUGUGUUAACGAAAGCAAAUGGGACGCAUAUAUAUGAAGUCUAAAAUGAAAGGGCGAAUACUAAAGAAUUCAUUCAACUAACCUUAAAUAUUUGGAACAUUUGCCAUCGUUUUAAAUCUGUGU